AUGGACGGGCUAGUGAAGCUAUCGCAAGCGUACUUCGACAGCGCCUAUGGAUUCCGAGUCUCCCAGGCGCCGAUUGAGCACGCCACUCUCGAGAUCUCCAUCUCUGCGACAGACCCAAAGGGCACAACUCACCAAACCACCGUUUUGGUCUCAACCGUGUCCGAGAGCGACUUGGCAUCGUGGGCUACGGCGGAUGGGGGUUCUGAUAGCACACCUUGUGAGGCACGUCUCAAGCUAAUUCGAAUUGACCAGAUACACGACGAGAUCCCAAAUAUAUCAAAAGCAGCCUUCCGUUCCCUAACAAAUGCCAUGGGGGUUCAUCCUGCAGCAUUGUACAUGGUGUGCAGGAAAUACGACGGCUUCCACACAUACAAAGGCCCUGGUUCGUCACACACCUGGUUCUUCGGGUCCAGCACACAUGCGAUAUUGUGGUGUUAUUCCCCGUCAAGAAGACAGACUGUCGGGGUGUUUAUGGAACGUAUACAGGCGAACUUUCAGGAUUUCUGCCGCGUCUUAUCCGCCUUCUCUGAGAACAUUCACGCUCCUCAAGUACUGUUCCUCAGCAGCGCCAUUCACCAGCAGCACAAUUUCGAUGUUGGGACGGCCUCGGAGCUUGGAGUUAUCCAGAGAAUCGAGCAGCAAACCGGAUUCGGCCCCUCUGCCGUCAAAGGCUAUGCCUUGAUCAAGUCGGAGCCGACCGCCAAGAUGGUUCGCGCAGAAAUUGACGAGUUGACCGUCUGGUCGCAAGCAGUUGGCGAGAUAGGCGUCAAUUGUUCAAACAGGGGUCGCAACCAUCGUACAUUCUGGAGAAUGCUAGCCGCACUAAGGCAAGACCAAGAGGAUUCAGAGACCCUAGGACUCCCUCAAGGCCCAGCCAUGGAGAGAUACAAAGCAAGCUUGCGAGAAUUGUGUGACGUUCUGCCUACAGUCGAACGACAAUUGGAAACAUACGACGAGUACAUUUUGUAUUUGAAGGAUCGGACAGAGAGACUGUCUUCCGUGCUCUUCACAUUGCUCACCCAUGUGGAUGCUCGAGCUGGUAUAGGCCUAGCAUCGGCGGCAAAGCGUGAUAGCUCGUCUAUGAAGACUGUAGCUAUCAUGACGAUGGCUUUUCUGCCUGCUACGUUCUUCGCUGCCCUGUUUGCAAUGCCACUUCUCGAGUGGGAUGGAUCACACAUGGUUCAGAAAGGAUUCUGGGUGUAUUUGGCUUGUACGAUACCCGUCACUCUCCUCGUCUUUGCCUUAUGGCUGGGUAUUAUUGAAAGAAGAUGGAUCCUUGGUGGAACGGGUAGCCCCAAGGGUUUCAAGCACGAGUGA